AGGGAAAGUGAAUAAUAAUUUAACUUACUCAAUAUUAAUCUUGAAUUAAAAUUGUAUACUCCCUUGCUACGACGCCGAAUGGCUUUUUGGAACAAGUAUUGUGAUAUGACUGAUAUGGUUUCGGAGUCACAUCCCUGAUACUGGCUGAUUCUGUUUAAGAGUGCUAAAAGGUGACGAAGAUGUCUGGAGGAACAACAGGCCCGCUGUUGUACUCGGUGGGCGCGGCCGUGCUGGGCAUGCUCCAGUUCGGUUUCAACACGGGCGUCAUCAACGCGCCGCGCGCCUUCAUCGAGACCUUCAUCAAAGAACAGCAUCAGGUUGAUGCCGAACGAAGCUCCUUUCUGUUCAGCGUAAUUGUCUCCAUCUUUGCCGUGGGCGGCAUGAUCGGUUGUCCGUUAGCUAGCUGGGUUGCGGAGAAGCACGGACGCAAAAAUGCUUUACUUAUGAAUGCGGCGUUUGGUGUCGUCGCAGCAGCUCUUAUGGCCUUCAGCAAACUUGCGGGUUCAGUGGAAAUGAUCAUAAUUGGCAGAUUCCUCAUAGGAAUCAACUGCGGGUUCGCCACGACUGCCUCGCCGACUUACGUGUCUGAAGUGGCCCCGCUGAGACUACGCGGCGCGUUUGGUACAGUUAAUCAAUUAGCAGUCGCUUUCGGCCUAAUAUUCGCACAAAUUCUAGGAAUAGAUGCCAUAUUAGGUAGUGAUGAAGGUUGGCCGUGGCUUUUAGGGUUUGCGUUAAUUCCCUCCGGCCUGCAAUGCAUGAUGUUGCCUUUCGCUCCCGAAACACCAAGGUUUCUUUUGCUUACGAUUCGUGAUGAGCAAAAAGCUAGGGUGGCGCUUGUUAAAAUUCGGGGUAAUCCUGAAAUCGACAACGAGAUCAACGACAUGCAUGCGGAAGAUAGAGCCGAAAGACAAGAAGAGAAAUUUACAAUAUGGGGCUUGGUAACAGACCGAUCUCUGCGUACUCCGCUCAUAAUCGGUAUAGUCAUGCAUUUGUCACAGCAGUGGGGAGGUAUCAACGCUGUUUUGUAUUACUCUUCUACUAUUUUCGAGGGCGCCGGUCUCGAGCCCAAGAACGCCCGUUUAGCUUCCAUCGGCGUCGGCAGUAUGUUAUUCAUCAUGGCGCUGGUGUCUAUACCGAUGAUGGACCGCCUGGGUCGGCGCACGCUGCAGCUCGGCGGCCUGGCAGGCAUGACCUUGUUCUCGGUUCUCAUGACGAUAGCAUUCUUCACCUACGAGGGAAACAAAACAAUGAGCGUAUUCGCUGUUAUCUUUACGCUGUUAUACGUGGCGUCCUUCGGCGUGGGGCCGAGCUCGAUCCCGUGGAUGAUCCUCUCGGAGCUGUUCGGGCAGACCGCCCGCAGCGCCGCGGUCAGCAUCGGCGCGCUCGUCAACUGGUUCGCCAAUUUCAUUGUCGGCAUCACGUUUAUAUCGAUGAAAGAUGCACUGGGGCACUAUGUAUUUUUGCCGUAUACGGUAUUUCUAAUAUUGUUCUUUUUAUUCACGUAUUUUAAAUUGCCUGAAACAAAGAACAGAACUAUCGAGGAAGUAACUGCAUUUUUCAAGAAGUAAAUCUGAGUUGAUACUAGUUUUAUGACACAUUCCUUAAUAUUGCCCAAAAUAUAUUGUACUAAGUCUAAUUAAAUUACACUAAAAAUUGUGAUAGCUUCUGAAUAAUUGUAAGCAAAACUUAUUUUUGUUAUGGGUAGUUCUAUGCUGUAUUCAUUCUUGUCCUGGCGGUCAGCGCGAAUCUACCCGUAAAGGAGUAACAACUAAAACCGAUGUUAGCAUUUCACCACUGACCGUUAAGUACGGACUAAGGCGAGCCGUAGAUUAGACAGUAGCUACGGAUACAAUUUUCUGGCAGCCGCGGUUAUCGAUUUUGCAUAUUUUUAAGAAGACUGAACAUCUCAUUAUAAUCAUUUAUAGAUCUACCUACUUGAUAUUUGAAAUUACUAAGUACUUAUUCGAGUAUAUUGUUAGUCAUUGUAAAGGAGCACGUAUUUAUAUACCUAGGUAAUGUCAACUAUUAAAUAGAUGCAGUGACCCUAUUUAAAAUUAAGUACCUAUGUAAAACAAUAUUAAUCUCAUUUUAAACUUAGGUAUAAGUGAUAAUACAAAGGAAAUUCUACAUAAUCUAUGUUGGAUAUUUUUUAAUUAUUUAGUGUUAAUGCAUUUCGAUUAUAGCGAUGCAAUUUCGGUCUGUUUGAAUAAUACCUUCGUUUAGAGGACCAUUUUUUGUUGUUUAUCUUGCCCGUUUACACAUUUUAUUUGAUAUGUUUCUCAUGCCAGGGUUGUAGAUUUUCUAAUAUUUUAUAUUUUUUUGAUGGAUGGGUGUUUACGUGUUUGUCACAAGGAUCUUGUGACAAGAUUCUACAGUGCCUUAACUUUUUGUUUUGUUGUGAACUUUUGAAUACGUUGUACUUGUCAUUCCAUCUGUAUAAAUCAAUCACCGUCCUAGAGUACUUUAGUGCCAAUAACGAAUUUAGAAAAUUAGGGUUGACCACUUGAUCUUGGAUUAAGUACUUAUCAACCACUCAAGUCACUACUUAUCGAUAUCGACGAUAAUUUUCUUCUUUUAACCCAAUAUCUAAUCGCUUUACGAAGAGUGCGGAGUCUCAAUCAGAUAAUUUAAACAUUUUCUCUGUCCAAUGGAAUAGUAUAACUAUAGGUACACGUAUGUUCUGUGUUGUACGUAUUAUGUUGCUCUUUAUCCUAUGAGGAACGUGCUAUUCUUAUAUCAAAAGUGAAUUUUUGCAUUUACCUGCUAGACAAGAUAGGGAUCUUCUACGAAGAAACUUUUACUUACAGAUGUGCAAAAAGUUGGUAAUCUUCUCAGAAAUUUCUGGGAUAUUUUGAGUUUUAUUUUGUAAAUGGAAAGUUUCAAUGUCAAUACAAAAAUAUAUGGAGUUUCCGAAGUUUUCCUUUGCUUCUUCUUCUUCUUCUUCCCAGACCUUAUCCCAUUUACUUGGGGUCGGCCCUCCCUGUCCUCUUCUUCCAUUCUGCACGGUUUAGUGCCAGGUGUGCGUCCUUUAUUCCUUGCUCUCUCAGGCCUUUCUCCACCGUCGUCAACCAAGUGGCUGGUGGUCUCCCGCGUCCUCGCGUCGUCGUAGGCAUCGCUAAGGCUACAUUGAUCAUAUGUUCGGGAGGUCGUCUCUGAAUAUGCCCGUACCACCGUAGGCGUUUCUCAACAAGUUUAUCAGUUAUCGGUGCGACUUUGAAACUGCCCCUGAUGUACCGGUUUCUAAUCUUAUCCAACAGAGUGACGCCAGCAGACCAACGCAGCAUGCGCAUCUCUGUGGUGUGAAGUUUGUUUAGAUGGCAUUUGUUCGUGGCCCAGCACUCAGAGCCGUAAAGUACUGCAGGUCUUAUGGCAGUUUUGUAGAUGUUUCCCUUUACUUUUAUGGGCAUUCGUUUGUCACACAUCACACCUGUGAGUUCUCGCCAUUUUAGCCAUCCGGUAUUAGUUCUAUGUGUGAUAUCAGCAUCGAUUUUCCCAUCAUUGCUUAUAACAGACCCAAGAUAUUUAAAUUGUUCCACAGUGGGCAAGGUAGUAUUGUCGAUGGUUAUCUUGACAUCUUUUGGGUUUGUGAAGUCAUCAAAUAUGCAGGACAUGUGCUCCGUCUUUUUCCGGCUGAUUUUAAGGCCAUUUGUUUCUAGAGCAUCUGCCCAGAGAUUGAAAAUGUUUUGCAGGUCUUCGGCUGAUUCAGAUAUCAGGGCAACAUCAUCCGCAUACAGGAUGUUCCACGGUACCGGCUGCUGAUGUUUCCUCGUGAGGUAAUCCAUGGUUACGUUAAACAAUAGUGGGCUAAGCGUAGAACCUUGAUGCACCCCAACUCUUAAUGAGAAGCUUUUAGUAAUUCCUGCAGGGCAGACUAUUUGAGUUGAAACGUCUUCAUACAUGUCCCUAAUUAGGUCAAUGUAGGGCUCCGGCACAAGUUGUGAUCUAAGCGCUUCCCAUAUUAGAUCUCGGGGGAUAUGAUCAAAGGCUUUUUCCAAAUCGAUGAAAACCAUAUGUAAAUUCGUCUUAUUUCCCUUUGCUUUUUCGAUUAGAAUUCUAAUGGCCUGUAUAGCAUCUGAAGUGCUCUUGCCUGAUACAAAGCCACAUUGAUUGGGUGUCAGCUCUACUAUGUUGUUUAGUCUGUUGUUUAUAAUCCUCUCCCAGAUCUUUAGAGUGUGCGACAUCAGUUUGAUUGCUCUGUAGUUUCCGCACUCCCUUACGUCACCCUUCCCUUUGUAAAAGGGUAUGAGAUGACUUUUGCGCCAUGAGUCUGGUAUGGGCUGGCCUAGAACCAGUUUAUUGUAUAAGCCUUGCAGCCACGAGAUCCCGUCUUUACCCAUGCUUUUCCAGACCUCGACCGGUAUUUCGUCUGGGCCGGGGGCUUUAUUGUUUUUCAUUAGCUUUAUAGCUUUUAUGAUUUCGUCUGUGGUGACUUCCGGGAUUGGACCAGAUACUUGUGGUGGUUUCGUGUGGUUGCUAGUUCUGGGGUUGGAUUUAUUCAAAAGAUUUUCGUAGUAUUUGACCCAUCUGUCAUUUAUAUCGCUGUCGUUAGUUAAAAGUUUGUUAUCUUUUCCUUUUAUGUAUUUAACGUUGCUGAUGUCCUUGCUAUUUUUGUUUCGGGUUUUUGCUACCCUAAAUAUAUCAAUGUCAGAUUUAGCCGAUUCCAAGUUAUCGUAGAAUUUUGCGUUGGAUUUCGCCCGGGAUUUAGCUACUUGGCGCUUGGCUUCAUGUUUCGCCUUUUUAUACUUAUUGCGGUCUGAGUCGUCUCCUGUAGAUUGCCAUUUAAUAAAUGCAUUCUUUUUGGCGACAAUGGCUUCUUUUACCUCUGUUUGCCACCAUUCAGUUUCCUUAAAGGGGCCUUUUCUAUUUCUGGUCCUGCCUUGAUGUUUUUCGGCGGUACUUCUACAGGUCGUCUCGAAAUCAUUCCACUCCUCAUCCGUUGUUCUAUUGUUAUCCAUGCUGGGCUUAAAAUGUUCUACCAUGUCAUGAAUAAAUCUUUGACCAGCUUCAUCCUUUAGCGAUCUCCAUUUAAUUUUCGGGGUUAGUUUGUUGUUGAUUCUGAUAGGUUUGGGUAGUUUAUACUUGGUCACUAGAAUUCUAUGCUGCGUUGUCAAUGCUUCGCCGGGUAUGACCUUACUGUCUCUAUAGCUUCCAAGCUGUCUUUUUCUUGCUAGUACAUAAUCCACCUGUGUUGAAUGCCCUCCACUACUAUAAGUAAUCAGGUGAGCAUCCUUCUUUUUAAAGUAGGUGUUUACAAUUGCUGAGUUACAACCUGUUGCAAAUUGGAUAAUCCUAUCCCCAUCAAGGUUUCGGGCGCCAUAUCCAUGGCCA